AUGAUGCCGUCGGUGGUACCCAGCGCAGACAAGACCAAUAUGGCCAUCGACGCUGCAUUCGACCCCUAUGUCGUCGUGCCAAAUGCAAUGCGCCGGAUUCUGGGGCAGUUUGCGCACAUCCUGCGUCAGAUCAUGCAGCAACCUGCACAGCAGCAAGAAGGGGUGAAUAUGGCAUCCCCGGAUAACUUGAUUCAACUCCAACGGUGGCACUCUCAGAUCCCUCUGGCAGAAUCCCGGUCUUUAAACGACCCGGUUCUGGCUCGGUGCCGCGAUCAACCACGGGCCACGGCUGUGUGCGCGUGGGAUGGGUCGUUGACAUAUUCGGAUCUAGCAGGCUUUUCUUCCUCUCUGGCCUGGCGACUUAGGUUGCUGGGCGUCCACCCAGGUUCUCCAGUAGGAAUUUGUCUGGAGCGGAGUAUAUGGAGCGUUUUCGCCAUUCUAGCCAUCCUGCGCGCCGGAGGUACGUGCAUCCUAUUGGACCUGCAUCAUCCGCGCCAAAUGAUCAAUGAUAUUCUCAAAGAAACAUCCGUCCAAGUCGUGAUCAAUAGCCAGGCGACAGCCGCAAAGCGGCCUCACGUCCACCGAGCUGGGUCGCGGGUACUUCAUUUCUCCUCGUAUGCGUUUGAUGUCAGUAUAUACGAGAUUUUCACCACACUGGCGGCGGGUGCAACCCUGUGCAUUCCGUCGGAAUUUGAUCGUACAAACGCGCUUGCUGGGACAAUAUGCAGGCUCCAGGUCAGCUGGUCGUUUCUCACUCCAUCAAUAGAGCAGACUUUACAGCCUUGGGAAGUGCCAUGCCCCUCAACCUUGGUGUUAGUUGGAGAAGCCGUCACCCGCGAAGACCUUGAAAUUUGGAGCCCUGGUCGCACGUUGAUCAACGGAUAUGGCCCUGCGGAAGCCACUAUCUGCGGUGUUGGACACAUUCCGCCAGCGAAUUGGAAGCAAGGAUUGAUUGGGUCAAUUGUUUGUGGUAUCGGUUGGAUGACGAUGCCCACCGACACGUCACGAUUGGCUACCAUUGGGGCCAUUGGAGAACUGCUGCUGGAAGGACCUUUCCUGGCUGCUGGGUACUUCAACCUUCCAGAGGUUUCAGCCGCUUCAUUCAUAGACCCUCCGACAUGGAGACAGAGAAUGCCCUUUGAUUCAUCUUCGGGGCUCUAUCGAACGGGUGAUCUCAUGCAGUACCAGGAUGAUGGAACCAUCCGAUACAUGAGCCGGCAGGGUACGCGCAUGAAGUUACACGGUCAACUCAUUGACCUGGGAGAGGUAGAAAGCAACACGCUCCGUGAGUUCCCUGUGGCGAACGGAGUAGGAGCGGAAAGAAUCUGUUUGGAAUCUGGCGGCAAUUUGGCAACCCUGGUCGCAUACGUGAGAUCGGACUUUCACGACCAAAAAGAUCAUGAUGCCAAUAUUAUUCUAGACUCGUUAAGCCAGGAAUUUCGUCGGAGUACGACAGCCGCGCAAAAGCGCCUCCGAAAGCUUCUUCCGUCGUGCAUGAUCCCGUCCAUUUUCAUCCCAGUCCAGGUGAUGCCACUGACAGUGACGGAAAAGCUUGACCGUCGCAGUCUGAGAUCCGCAGUUCAGUCACUCUCCUUUGAAGAGCUCCAGAACUACCGGGCAGUAUCGCUAGCGAAGUCGGAAGUGUCCGGCGAUUCCGAGCUAUUGCUGCAAGCUAUGUGGGUUGGUCUCCUGGCCAUGGCCAAAGAAUCCAUAGGGGCAGAAGACAGCUUCCUGGUCAGUGACGGCAAUUCGAUCCUCGCGAUGCAAAUGGCAGUCAUGGCUCGACGUGCCGGAUUCGAUUUCACCGUGGCGGACGUCUUGAGCCCAAACAGCUCGAUAUCAUCUCUUGCGUUGUCCUUGCAGGUAGUGAGAUCCGGUCAAGCGGGACUUAAUCUGCCUGCCCCAACUCGGCCCUCAGUUCUCACAUCAGUGAAAUUCCAGCAACAUCUCGACUCUCUACGACGUCAAGGAACUUUGUCCCAGGAAGGAAGUGUCACUAGCGCGCGGCUAGCUACUGAAGCACAAUCAGAACUCGUUUUGUGCUAUACGUGGUUCAAUUUCCAGUUUCCAUUCGAAGGCGAGCUCGAUGAGGAUCGACUCCGAAAUGCUUGUCAUACACUCGUCGGUGCUCAUAGUGUGUUGCGGGUUGCCUUUACUGAAUAUCGGGAAGAGCUCUUUCAGUUGACUUUAGCGGAAGAUAUGGAGCUCCAUCUGCAGGUACUAACGACUCAAUGUCAGUUAGAGCCUUUCUGUGAAUCCUUUUGUCAUUCAGAGCAAGCAGUGCCGGUUCCUUCAGCAGGGAUCGCGACCCGGUUUACCCUAGUGUCCAAUCCCUCGCAUACCGAUCAGCGGCUCAUAAUUCGUCUAGCCCACUCCCAGUAUGAUGCCACUUCCACCUCAAUCCUGAUGCGCGAGCUUGAAUCAUUAUACAAUGAUGAAAAGAUGAUCGCCGAUGCCUCUUUUGAUUGGUACCUUGAUCAACGUGCGUCGCAUUCAGAUCAAGAGCAGCACCGAGCCUUCUGGCAGGAGUACUUGGCAGGCUCUUGCAUUGCCUCAUCUCCCCUAGAUCUCACCUCGGCCACGCAGUGGAUUACAGGAACCUGCGAUCUCACUUUACCAGCUGGGCUCUCAUCUGCUAUCACCCUCCCGACUGUCAUGAAAGCCGCUGCUUCCCUAAUUCUCGCCCGACGCUUCAAUUGA